AUGCCCAACUUCGAGUUGACGGAAGUCACGAAAGCCACGGAGCAAGGGGAGCGGUGGGCGAGGCCGUGGUGCGUCUUGGCGCCAUCCGAUCAUGGGAGUGUGCUCAACGUUGUCCAAGGCAUCCUCUCUAAGUCAAGUCAUGUCAAGUCCUGGCCUUCCAGUUCUUGGGGCGCACGGCGCUGCGUUCGCGCGUUGCCAGCUGCUGUGGAUAGGCCAGCGGCGCCGGCCUUCGUUGAGCCCCACGCGUGGGCCACGCGGGUACUGGGGCCCUUGGCUGACCACCUCACAGAGGGCGGUCGACCUCUUCAUCCCUGUGCCCUGCCGAAGUGUGUGCUGCUUCGCUGGCGAGCUCUGCGCAUCACCACAUCUUGA